CCCGACGCACAAUGUUCGGCGGCAAAAUGUAGUGGAUGCUGCGUACAACAGUGCGUGAUAUAGAUUCAAUUCAGACCAUUCCAUCCCCUCCGAAGAAAUCAACCCGAGAUGGCGGACACCACCGGAGCCCCGAGCGCGGCGCCGAUCACCAUCACCAUGAAGCUCCUGGUGGACACCAGGCCGCCGCGGCCGCGCGUGGUGUUCGCGGAGGCCGGCAAGGACGCCGUCGACUUCCUCUUCUCCCUCCUCACCCUACCGGCCGGCACGGCCGUGAGGCUGCUGGGGAAGGAGUCCAUGGCAGGCAGCGUCGGCAACCUCUACUCCAGCGUGGAGCGGCUCGAGGGCAGCUACCUGCGUCCCGGCUUCGGCAAGGACGCCCUCCUCUGCCACGCCGUGGAGGCAAGCCCCCUCCUCCGCCUGCCGGCGCCGCCGGCACCGGCACCGAGGACCUUCUUCACCUGCGGCGGCGUCACCACCAACACCUUCAGCUACCAAGGCUGCCGCGGGUACGUGUCGGACGCGAGGGGCGCCCGGUGCCCGGUCUGCGGGAACGAGAUGGCGACCCAGUACCAGUACGUGGCGGCGCCGGCGCCGGCACAACCGGAGCAGGGCGCCGCCACGGGGACGACGGGGUACGUGCAGGGGGGCGUGACGUACACGGUGACGGACGACCUGGCCGUCACGCCCAUGUCGGCCAUCUCCAGCAUCGCGCGGCUCGGCGCCCUCGCCGCCGUCGGGGGCCUCGCCGCGCUCCAGGAGAGGACCGUGCAGCUCGGGUACAAGGAGGGUCUGGAGAUCCUCAAGGCCUCGCUGCGGUCCAAGACUGUGCUCACCGACGUCUUCCUCGGCACCGGCGGCAAGAAGCCCCCGUCGUCGUCAUCCAAGAACGGCGGCACAAGAUACGAGUGUCUCACCUGGCGUGUUUGACGUGCGUGCAGCUUCAUCCAUGGUACAAUCUUGAAGCGAACAGACUAGUGGAAGAUUGUAAAGACCGAGGCAUAAGUUCACACUUAUCAUCAGAGGAUUUAUUUUCUCAAAAUAUAUAGUAUAUGCCCUUACAUGUGUGGUGUUUUAACAAUAAUGCUUGAUGUAUAUGAAUUAUAUUCGUCCUCCAGGACGAAGAAUAAGUAAUUUUUCACCC